CAAGGCCAGAGAAAGGGGUAGGUUCCAAUUUACAGAGAAUAACCGGCCCAACCACAAUCUUUCCAGUAGCUUUUCCCCAAAGCUGGAGGAUUACUAAAAGGACAGUGGACCAGUGAAGAAAGCAAAUCCCAAUCAUCAUGAAUGCAAAUGAAUUUCGGAGGAGAGGGAAAGAGAUGGUGGAUUAUGUAGCUGACUACCUGGAAGGCAUUGAGAAAUGCCAGGUCUAUCCAGAUGUGGAGCCUGGCUACCUGCGGCCCCUGAUCCCUGACACUGCUCCGCAGGAACCAGAGACAUUUGAGGACAUCAUCAGGGAUGUUGAGAAGAUAAUUAUGCCAGGGGUGACCCACUGGCAUAGCCCCUAUUUCUUUGCCUACUUCCCCACAGCCAGCUCAUACCCAGCUCUGCUCGCAGACAUGCUGUGUGGGGCUAUUGGCUGCAUCGGCUUCUCCUGGGCUGCAAGCCCAGCAUGCACAGAGCUGGAGACAGUGAUGAUGGACUGGCUUGGGAAGAUGCUGGAGCUGCCAGGGGCAUUUUUGGCUGGCAGUUCUGGAGAAGGGGGAGGAGUGAUCCAGGGAAGUGCCAGUGAAGCCACUCUGGUGGCCCUGCUCGCUGCUCGGACCAAAGUGACCCGGCGGCUGCAGGAAGCCUACCCAGAGUUGACACGGGCGGCCAUCAUGGAAAAGCUGGUGGCCUACUCAUCCGAUCAGGCACACUCCUCUGUGGAAAGAGCUGGAUUAAUUGGUGGAGUCAAAAUAAAAGCACUUCCUUCAGAUGGCAACUUUGCCAUGCGUGCUUCUGUCCUGCAGGAGGCCCUAGAACAAGACAAGGCAGCCGGCCUGAUUCCAUUCUUUGUAGUUGCUACUCUAGGGACUACAUCUUGCUGUUCUUUUGACAACCUCCUAGAAGUGGGCCCGAUCUGCAACAAGGAGGACCUGUGGCUUCACAUCGAUGCUGCGUAUGCAGGCAGCGCCUUCAUCUGCCCUGAGUUCCGGCCUCUUCUGAAUGGAGUAGAGUUUGCAGAUUCUUUUAACUUUAAUCCCCACAAAUGGCUCUUGGUGAAUUUCGACUGCUCUGCCAUGUGGGUGAAAAAAAGAACUGACCUAAUAGGAGCCUUUAAACUGGAUCCUGUUUAUUUGACGCACAGCCACCAGGAUUCAGGGCUUAUCACUGACUACAGGCACUGGCAAAUUCCGUUGGGUCGGAGAUUCCGCUCUUUGAAAAUGUGGUUUGUCUUUAGAAUGUACGGAGUCAAGGGACUGCAGGCUUAUAUCCGCAAGCAUGUCCAGCUGGCUCACGAAUUUGAGUCUCUGCUACUCCAGGAUCCCCGCUUUGAGCUCUGUGCAGAUGUCACUCUGGGGCUGGUCUGCUUUCGGCUGAAGGGUCCCAAUCAACUGAGCAUAACCCUUCUGCAAAAGAUUGGCAGUGCUAAAAAGAUCCACCUGGUUCCGUGUCACCUCGGGCGCAAGUUUGUGCUGCGCUUCGCGGUGUGCUCGCGGGUGGUAGAGUCCGUUCAUGUGCGGCAGGCCUGGGCGCACAUCCAGGAGCUGGCGGGCCUGGUGCUGAGCGAGGCCGGGAGUGAGAGCCCCACCAAGCCCCAGUGAUUGAAUGUUGGAAGGAAGUCUAGGCAAACUGGAAGAAGAAAAUAAACAUCAUCCUAACUCUGUGGAACUGACCCUGUCUGUGGCUGCCUGUGUGUGUCCAAAGUUAACGAGAGACUUGUGACUGUGUCUUUCCUGUGUCUCAUC